CAAUGCGUUGUAUUUCCGCCGACCGGCUUUUUAUUUCCCGGUGAUAAUAUAAAUAUCAACAUUAUUCAAUAUAAAUAAAUAAACUAAUAGUCUAUCUGUUAUCCGUAAUACUUUGUGCAAGUAUUCAUUGCAUUAAAAUGAAAUGCCUAUCAACAAUCAUACAAGUUCUGGUUAUGUUAAGUGUGUGUUUUGCUACUUUAUCCCCACCAGCUGAUAAAAAAUCCCAAAAAGGGGUUAAACCUCAAGAUGGUCCACGAAAAAAUAAUGUUUUGGACAGGAAAUUAGUUGUGGAAACACCAUCUGCUAAGGAUAUAAUAAAAUAUCACGCUACUUUCCAUCAAAGUAUCACAACACGUAACUUCUUGAAUUCAGUCUUAGGAUUUGUAACACCGUGGAACAACAAGGGUUAUGAUGUGGCUAAAGCAUGGGCACCUAAGUUUAAUUAUAUAUCACCUGUAUGGCUACAAGUGAAACGACAGAGUCCUAACAUAUAUAUUAUAUCUGGGUUACAUGAUGUUGAUCAUGCUUGGAUGAAAGUAGUCAAGCAAAAAGGAACACCAAGUAAUGUAAGAAUUCUCCCAAGACUGCUAUUUGAAAAUUGGCAGCUGUCAGAUCUAAAGGCAUUCUUCAAAGAGCCAUCCUCACUAUCAGAACAAAAAGCUCUGAUUGAAGAAGUGAAAAAAACAUGCAAACAGUGGAAUUUUGAUGGUAUAGUGUUAGAAAUGCUUUCACAGAUUGGAAAGUAUGUAGAGAAAUCUGUCAAAUUUAUCCAGCAGUUUGGUUUAGAAAUGAGUGAAGACGACUUAAAACUGAUUCUAGUCUACCCUCCAUUCCGAGGCUACCCAACAGAUGAGUUCUUUGUUAAAGCAUAUAAUGAUAUUUAUCCCUAUGUCGAAGCUAUUUCUGUGAUGACUUAUGACUUUUCAAGUACUCAAAAACCAGGACCAAAUGCACCCUUAUACUGGAUAAGACUGUGUUUAGAGAAAUUGAUUGAGAAUGAGGACAAUCCCUCCAAACGAUCAAAAAUAUUAAUUGGUUUAAAUUUUUAUGGAAAUUCGUAUACCGCUAACGGAGGAGGACCAAUUGUUGGCACAGAAUAUAUAGAGUUAUUGAAAAAUGCCAAAAAUAAUCAAAUGCUUACAUAUAAUAACAAUACAGCUGAGAAUUAUAUUGAGAUAAGGACAUUGCAAGGAGCGAAAAAAGUAUUUUUCCCAACGUUAUAUUCGAUACAGAAAAGAUUAGAUCUCGCUAGGGAGCUGGGUACCGGAGUUGCUGUAUGGGAACUAGGCCAGGGAUUGGACUACUUCUAUGAUUUAUUUUAAAUGUGAUACUUUUUUUUCUAGGUUUAAUAAAUUAUGUCCCAAUAACGUGCGUUUUUGAGGUUAUACUUCUUUUGGCGCGUUAGGGAAAAAUGAUUUUUUUUCCAUUGUUAGUGUCGUUUUUUCUACAAACGUAGAAUGAGGCGAAAGAUAAACAUUUUGAAAUUAUUUCUAUCUUGUUAUUUAAGAAGUGUAACUUCUAACGCGUGUACAUAAGUAUAACAUUUUGAAAUUAUUUCUAUCUUGUUAUUUAAGAAGUGUAACUUCUAACGCGUGUACAUAAGUAUACACAUGUUUUUUUUAAAGAGUUAAACGUUAUCCAUAAAAAUACCACACAGUUUAUUAGAAGUGCCUAUUAUAAGACAGACACAUUUUUGUGUUUGUUAGGGAGCGUUCAAGUAUUAUGUAACGAUUUGGGGGGUCCUCGUUACGACGAUGCGG